AUGAUGUAUCAGAAUAACAUCGACUACAUUUUAAAUACAUUUACAGGUGUUUCGUUUUCAUUUCUUGUACGUAAUCGACGUGUUACUAUUCUCACUUUUAUGGGAAAUACCGUUAAACUGUUAGUUUUAAUGAUGAGAAAUAAUAAACAGUUUUUUGGGAAAUUUUCGCUGAUAUUUUUGUCAGGAACCAUGCUUCAUAGAUCAGUUGUUCUGAAGAUCAUGUGUUUGAUGAUGUUAAAGGAUUUGUUUAGUAAUCCAUUAAUUACUACACCAUUUCAACAUAGCGAGAAUACCAAGAGUCGAAUUAAUAGUUGGAAUGUUGAUUCAGACUGUGUUUUUUUUACAGUUUUUUUUGUUCAAUAA